GAGCACCUCCGAUCACCUUAUAAGGCACACUUGCAACAUGAUUCAUCUUCAGACGUUGCACUCAGUAGACCGUCCUCUGCCAAACUGAUUUCCAAUCGACCAGCUUCUGGCAGGUCGUUUUCAAGAAAAUCUUCAAAGAAUCUUGUGCCUCAUCCUCCUAAACGUAAAAGACCAACAUCAGCACCUGUUUACAAAUUAGGUACUGGAAGUUGGACGGCUUUUGAUGAUUUAAAUGGUUCAUAUUCAGCAUCAAUGAUGUCUUCGUGCUCUUUUCGCAGUAAUACUAAAGCUGUCUACAGAAAAAAGCAACAUAUACUUUGUGUACAGGCAUUUAUAAAUGGUUCAAGAGAAAGAACAGCACGAGUUACUGCUUCUGACCUGUCACAGCUACUUGCUGAGUGUACAAGCAAACUUGGGUUGACUUCAGCUGGAAGGAAAUUAUUUCUAGGUGAUGGUACGCUUGUAGUUCAUCCGAAACAACUACACAAAGAUUGUGAAGUUUAUAUUUCAAUGGGUGAACCUUUUAAAGAUCCAUACUUGUCUCUGCAAGAGCGAGAAAAACUACGCAAAGCAUCGUUUUGGACAAUGAGUGGUAUAAUGAUGCCUGUUAAUAACAAGAAACCGAAACGCUUGGCUUCCUCAAUAUCAAAUAGAAUGAUGGAAUUGGUUGAUUCACAAAAGAGAAGAGUAUUAGUGUUUAAAAAUGGAGAAAGUUUUGGUGGUGUUGAAAUUAUAGCUAAUAGAUUUGAUCAGUUCUUGCAAGAUUGUACUACAAAAUUAGGUCUGAGUUCUGGCGCUCGUACAUUGUAUGAUUGGAGUGGUAAACCUGUUGAAAUGUUUUCACAAGUUCCUUGCUUGGAUAAAGUAUUGCAGCCCUCAUCUGGUACUGUACUAGGACCGUUGUGGGUAACAAAAGGGGAACUGUUUAGUCCUACUGGUGCAUACAGCUUUCUUUUCACAAUGAUCGCAAAUACUAAGGACAGAAUAAAAAGCUCUGAAGAAUAUGCACAACAGUUGGAGGCUCAGUUAAAUAGUGAUGAACUUCACAUAUUUUAUUCAAAGUUAGAAAUUGAAACCGAGCUGUCUGAAGAAAAUCAAGUUAUCGAUGAACUGCAGGAUGCUUUGCCCAAACUCCACGGUUACUUGAAGAAAAUCAAAAAGUUACAUGAUAAAGAAGAAGCAAUGUCCUCAUCAUCAUACAAAUUCAAACACAUUACCGAAAUUGACUCUCAUAGUAGAUUAGUAGGGACAUCUGGUAUCCGAUUGAAAUUAUAUGCUAAUGGCACUCCCCUGAAUGUUACUGUGCCUGUUAAAUUGUUUUUUAAUACUAAAGACCUUAAAAAGGGUGCAAAAACUAAAGCAGAAGUUAUGGAACGAUUUUUUGACGUGUUAAAUUCAAAUGAAGAAGUCAUGAGAUUAUUUGGUGUCCUUUCUAAACGAAGUUUUGUCAAGAAGGCUUAUUUAUUAAAUGGAACGGAAGUAACAGAUUUUGAUACACUGGAGCAUGGCAAUGAAGUUUGGUUAUCGCUGGGUGAAAGUUUUUUACCAAUUGAAUACCCUGUACUGACUAUAAUGUUGGAAAAAAUAAAAGUAGUUAACUUAUGGGGAUUAAAGGAAAUAACUCAGAAAGAUAUGUGGUUAGGUGGAGAUCAAAACCAAACAAAAGCAAAGUUAUGGAACAUUUGUUCUUCCCUUCCUUCACAAUGUGAGAUGCAGGAAAUGAAGAUAGAAAUGACAAACAAAGAAAAACUUGCAUAUUUUCAACAAUGCAGUGAAACGUGCAUAACUGAUGCGGCUACGUACUUGCAAUCAAAGGAAAACCAUAGUCUUGUAAUGUACCCUGAACUUUCUUUUAUCACAAAAGGACACGAGAAUGAGGGAGAUAUAUGGGGAAGCUUCCUACAGCAGUGGUAUAUAACUAAGGAUGGCCUUAUUCUUAAUAAACACUUUAAAGGUCUUGUCCUUGGGAUAUUAGAUCAGAGUGUCCAAAUGACACUCAGUGACGAUGGCGAAGAAGAAUUAUUAGACGGUGCUGUUGUCAGCUGUCAAGCGAAGCCAGAAAAAGACAAUUACAACUGUGUGUGGAUGUUUACAACAGAUGGGUACAUCCAAUCAAUAGUUAAUCCUGGUUAUGUCCUAACUGCUGUGUCUGGGUUUUCAUUAAACAAACUUAAAACUGACGAGAACAAUCAUGGUAAGUCUGACCAACAAUGGGAUAUUACAAACAAUCAAAGAAACGGUGUCGUCGUAACUGAGCAUCACAGUUUUUCUGAUGAAAACAGUGGCGAUGAAAACGAUGACGAUAAUGAUAAAGUAAACAAGGAGAAGAACAAAAAAGAUGAAAAUGAAAUAAGGGAUCAAGAAGAAGAGUCUGUAAAGAUGAACGAAGAUAUGGAAGAAGAUAAAAAGCUGUUUGAGAAUGUAGAAAAUGUUUAUGGUGGUCAAAAUAUAUCGCUAGUUGUUAUGCCACGCUUUCCUGAAAAGCACAUGUUGGCCUCCACGCAGAAAUGGGCACUGAAAACACUUAACCCUGUGCAUUCCAACAUAUCUGAGAAAUGGUCCAGGCAAAAUCUUUUCUGGCCAGUUGACCAAACAAAUACAUUUGUGGAGGAGGUUGUGGAAGGUUUCCUUACAUAUGGUGCUCCAAAAUUAAAAUGGAAAGUCACGAAGAAUUCAGAAGAGGAAAUUUUUAAGGCUGCGAAAACUGAUGUACCUGCUAAAUUAUUGGUUCUUCGCAAUGGUGAAACAGAUGCAUCACGAGCAUUGAAAAUUAUUGGGCCUGAUAUAAAAUCGUUAAAGAAAGAUAUCAGAGUUGCUUUUACUAGUUCGAAAAGUGUGGAAGGAACUGUUCGAUUAACACCAAGUGAUAUAGAACUUUAUCAGUUUUUGGAAAGAUGUACAGAUGCAUUAAACCUGCCAUUUGCUGCAAGGCGGUUGUUUACUUCAGAUGGAAAGGAAGUAAAGUCCUUAGGAAGUUUAGAAAAAAAUGAGUUAGUAUAUGUUUCAUGUGGUGAAAACUGGAAUAACCCCUCCGUGUCGUAUGCUGAAAAUCAAAAGAGAUUAUUACUGGCUAGUUUGGCUGCUGAUGUGGCAAAGAUUAGAAAUUAUGUUGAUCUAAAGAAACAAGCAGGUUUUAUUGCCAAAGUUGACGGUGAUGUUUUGAGUGAUGGAAAAAAGUUAUGUUUAAUGGACCAUCCAUAUGAAGAAUUAACAGAAAUGGAAAAUACUGAAGAACAGGAGAAUGAAAUAUUCGAAGCUGAAUCAAAAGGAAAUGAAGUUUUUGGAGAUAAAGAAGCGGAAGACAAUCUCACUGCUCAUCAACGAUCACAUUUAAAACAAAAUGAAUUAUCUCUCAACUUAUCUCACAGUGAUACAGAAUUGAGAAGUUCUAUAAGCCACAGAGAUGCAUUAUUUGGUCCCCAUACUACUGUGCAAGAGCAAUUCUCCUACAAAUGGGUGUACUCUGAUGAAUUUAUUUAUUUACAAUCUAACCCAAACUUGGUGAUAGGGGUGCAAGGUAGCGAGAAUAAUGUUUACGAUUAUUUAUUGAUAUGUCGUAAAAAGUAUGAAGAUGCCAACCAAAGAUGGCUGCUCUGCACCGACGGAACGAUUUGUUUAAAAGCCAAUCCCAAUCGCGUGUUCGCAGUGUCCACACCAUUUCGAAAGACUGACGAAGACGCAGUUGAAAGAAGUUAUUAUGGUGCUAAAUUGAUGCUUUCAGUGAAAAAGAGAAUGAUGAAUGGAAAUUCCAAUCAGUUGUUCUAUUUUGAUCAAGCUACUGGAUAUAUUCAUGCAUUUGCAACAGAUGACGUAAAUAUGGAUUUGACUGCAGCAAACAAAGCCGGUAUUUGUACAUACUCAGUGUUCAAUGAAACGCAAGUUUACCAGCCGGGAUUUUGCUGGAAGCAACAAACGGAAGAUGGGAAAACAUCGAAGCUUUAUUUUUGUGACGCAUGUGGUAAAAAUAUCCGUGGGAAACAGAAACUGGAGACUCUUAACGAAUUUAUCGAGUUUUCUUGCGCUAUGGGAGAAGCGCGUAAACACAAACUGAAAAUGGUCGGUGCUUUUCAAUGUUUGAAUGGCAAAGUAGAUUUAUCCAGUUUGGAAUGCGAGUCAACAUUAGCUGUUUGGGAAAUGCAGCUCUAUCGUUUACGUCACGAGUCAAGUAUUCGAGUGAUAGCGAGUGAAAUGACGUUGACACAGAGUAACCCGGCUGUUAGAGUGUUAGCUCAUAGAAACGGCGAUAGAAAAAGCGAAGGAGUGCUUGUGAUAGGAAAUAUGAUCUCGCAGAUACUAGAUAUGUGUACGAUAAAACUGAAUCUGUCGAAAGCAGCUCGUCGCUUGUAUACCAUGGAUGGCGAACUUAUUACAAAUAUGCAGCAGUUGUUAAAGCCUUACUAUCCCGAGCUUACAUACAUAAAUGAAACGUUUCAGGACAAAUCAAUUGAAAAUGACGAGGAAAUUGACGAUAUUACUGGGGAAAAGAUCAUCAUCGAGAAAUUGGAUGUUCGCAUUCCAGUUGAUGUUUGGGUGUCUUUGGGAGAAAACUUUACUCCUCUGGAUGAAGUGGAAAAAGCAGAUAUUCUCGCCAAAUAUGAACGUUCAGAGAAAACUGAUGCAGCCAACCAUCUUGAACUAGAAAAACAUCGAUUACGUCAAGCUAAGGGAAGACGUUUGUCUGGGAGAAAUUCCAAGCUACAUGUAAAACCAGUUCUUUCGAAAGCAUGGGCAUCUCCAUCUGCUGCAGAAGACAAAAUGGAAGAAUCAAUUGAAAAGUUUAAAGUGCAGUUGAAGGAGGUGAAGUCACAGCAAGAAAGCCGAGCAAAAGAAUUAAACGUAAGAAAAUCAUCCACUUCGAAAUUAUUAGACAAAAUGAAGACGAUGAAAUUAUACCAACUGCCACAAGCUUUGAAGUUGCACGUGUUUCCAAAUGGAGAAAAUCCAGAGAGAAGCGAAGUCAUAUUUGCACGUCAUUUUCAAGAGCUUCUAGAUAACGCUUCCAGCAAACUGUCGUUAAGCAAUUGUGCGAGAAGGGCAUUUACGGUAGAUGGGGUCGAGGUCUUGACAAUGGAAAACUUACACAGAGGCCAAUCAAUAUGCAUCACAAGUGGAGAAAGAUUUGUUCCUUAUAAAGAUCGUCGAAAUCACAUGGAAUUGAAAGCCAGCUGGUCACGCGCCAACCGACAAGGAAACAUUGAUAAAAACAAUAACUUGUUAACUGGAUAUAAAGAAACACAGGAUUCUGCUCCAAUGAGAAGCCCUAUAUUGGCGUUACCUAGUCCCGGACCAUCGAGUUAUCAAGACACUAUUAUUCAUUCAUUUGACGAACGUACAUCUUUGAGCAACAGUUUCAAUAACGGCAGCCAAAAUACUGUUCUAUCGAAAAGACCAAAAAGUUCAAGGGUUACUGUAGCGCACCCGAGGUAGAUAGACGCAUAUUUCUAGAAACUCUUUUAAUGGCAUCUCUGACCUCUGUCUUAGGCUUUCGUGUUUUGGAUGAGAAAUAUGUUUUAAAUUGUUAUCUGAAGUAAUAUUUUCUUUGAAUAUGGCAAAUACAAAAACACACGCACACUUGUAUCACAAUAUAUGACCUUGAGAAGUCGAGAAUCAAGUAUAAGAACAAGAAAAACGUUUUGUAAUGUUAAUAAAGAGAACCUACAAGUACGAUUGGAAGAUUUUGAAAUUCAGGAGAGGGUGUACAAUUCUGUAUCCUUAAGUUGUUAAGCUAACUAUCGUGAAAAGCAAACUUUUUAAAACGCUUUAAUAGGAAGAACUUUUUCCGAAUAAAAACAGGCUAUGUUAAGUAAAGGAUUUUAAUAAUAAUUUAUGUUCAUUCAUUUUUUAUCUUGUACUUAUGUUAAUAUAAACUUGUAAAUAAUAACUAUAAUAUACGAAGUUAAUUUUUUUUAUCUCGAAUGGAUUGUACCUCGUAAUAUAUUUUAAACGACCGAGUUGUAACUUAAAACGUUAUUUUAAUAAGUUAUUUCACCAUGCACUUUUUAUU